AUCUUCACAUCUUUUCACAGUUCAACCCUUCACCCGCGUAUUUUCAAAUGCAAGAUGGCGGUCAAACGACCUCUGUGGUCUUUAUUGACGAUUAUUUUCAUAUUUUUUUCUUCUACAGCAUGUUUGUUUGUCCUUUCACGUCAUAGGCCAACAUUGCAAGUGAAAGGUGGAACAUUAGCCGGCGUGGAUAGUAACACGACUAGUGAAUUGCAUUUCCCAAAAAAUCUUGAAGAACUAAACAAGUUGGUGGGCUUGUUAAGAAAGUAUCAACUACAAAAUCCUUUCUUUGUGUUUGUGUUGUUCUGCUGUGCUUAUCUCUACAAACAGACUUUCGCAAUCCCUGGAUCUGUUUUUAUGAAUUUGCUUGCUGGUGCUUUAUAUGGUUUAAAGUAUGGUGUGCUUUUUUCUUGUAUCCUCACUGCAUCUGGUGCUUCAUUUUGUUACUUAUUAUUCAAACAUUUUGGUAAACCUGUUCUACUUUAUUACUAUCCAAACAAACUCAAGAUUUUACAAAACAAGGUAAAAGAGAAUGCUAACAAUCUAUUUGGGUUCCUUUUGUUUCUACGAUUUUUUCCAAUGAGUCCAAACUGGUUUUUGAACAUGGCAUCACCUGUACUUGAAGUACCACUGAGGCUUUUCUUUCCAUCUGUUUUAAUUGGAUUGUUUCCAUACAACUAUGUUUGUGUUCAGGCUGGUUGUUUACUAAGCGAAUUGGUUUCCUUGGAUGAAUUGUUUACAAGGAAUGUUAUUUUGAAAUUAGUGACCAUUGCAGCCAUGUCUUUAAUUCCAGACGUCAAGAACGGAGGACCCAAGAUUCACGACGAUCUCUUGAUGAAUGAACGAGCACAUAUAAUGAACAUUGCCUACCCUAAGAAUGCCAGGAGGUUAUUGACAUGAUAUGUGCCAGGUCCAGGAGUCUGAGGAAAAAAAUACAAUGGUUUAAAUUCAAAUAAAAGAGAUCCAGUGUUGCUAAAGUUACCUUCUGCAGAUCUUCAUGAAAGCCUCCUAUCUUACUUCUACCCACUAAACUGUAGGAUGGGGCAGAUUUCUUGCCAAUGGCUUUUGGACCCAGGAUUCCUGUGUCUUUUAUGGCAUGGUUAUAGCAGACUAACCUGGUGCAGGCGUCUUGAAAGACCCAUUUAAAUACGUUCUACCAGCCAGCGAAUAUCGAGGUGUGCCCUCUUUUCCCGUUUUUGUAACGUUUGAAGGAACAAGAUAAGCUGGACCAGGUGAAGACACUUCAAGGUUGAACUGAUUUGAUUUAAAGCCAAAGCUUGCAAUUGUCAGUUUUUGUACUUCUUAAAAUCAUGGAAAUGGAAGUGGUAAUAUUCAGAGGAAAGAACAGAAAAGUAAGAUGAGAAGAUCGUUUUCACUCAUUCCUUUGGGAUCAACAUAACAAUGGAUGAAGUCGCCAUAUUGCUGUACCAAACAAAAGAACUUCGUUAAAAUUAUUUUCAAUAGGUACGUCACAUCAACAUGGUGGCUAUGACGUCAGGUUCGGUUGUGUGCACUUAAGAAAGCAUUAAAGCACAUGAAUUGCAGCUGAAACAAGCCAGAUUGAAUGUGAACAGGAAGAGCAACAGCAUGGCAAAACAACGGAGAAAUCGAGUUCGAUAAAGAGCGAUAACUUGGAUAUACAUACCUAUUUACAAAAAAAAGUCUAGAUUAAAAGACCACAUCAACGUUGAUAAUGAGGAAGAAGUAGCAGAUGACUGGAAGGGAUUUGCAUCGAAGAUUACACGCAAAUUAUAAACUAUCAAAGCGGAAUUACAGCGAUGUCUACCAGAAUAUUCUUGUGCUAUAGUACAUAUACCGGAUCAUACCUGUUAACUUAGCAUUUUGAUAAACAUGGAGUUUAUAUCGAAGCAGCAAAGUUAUCACAACGAGUGUCAACGUGACGAAACAGAUCAGUUUUAGAAGGUCGUUACACAAUGGUUCAAAUAACAGCUAGUUUUCUAUUCACAGUAUUCAAAGAGAAAUGUUUGCUGCGUCGUCAAAUAUGUAGUCAAAAUGAAAAAACAAUAAACACUUCGUUAAUAUGAUCUGGAUGUUUACAAGCAUUUUGAGGCCCUUUCUUCAAUCCCUUUGAAGAAGUUAUCAUUUUGGAACUUGGCUAAUACCUGAUGCUCUAACGUCGAUUCAUAAAUGUAUCGUCAUCCUCAUAUAUAACUACAAAUUGGAAUGAUCAAACUAAUACUGACAGAAGCCACUAAAAGAAAUCCAUCGCCGUAAGGAAACGUGCUGCUUACAUGAAACAUCUGUACAGAAAUAACUAUCUCUAUGUCUUUCAAUAUAAGUUAUCCAAGGUUAUGUAUACUUUAUGUAUGAUCAAAAUAGCAUUGAUGUAUAAAAUUUAUAACAACGCUUGCACUCCUUCCGGACACCUUAA